AGUGUGACGUCCAGUCAGUGUGACGUCCAGUCAGUGUGACGUCCUGUCAGUGUGACGUCCAGUCAGUGUGAAUGCUACCCUACAGUCGUCUGCUGCUUUUAUCCAGUGCCUGGACGUGUAUCCUGAUUGCCGUCUGCGUGUAUCUAACUGGCGUCAAGCUCAACAAGUACCUGCCUCUAGCACCUGCCAAGUUCUCGGGCAGCUACAAUGAAAUCUCUGGCACCAGAAGUAGCUUACGUGAGUUUACAUCAAGGGAGCAAACCUUGGAGGUAACAGGCACUAAAAGGGAAAUAACUGAUGAAAAUAACUCAAAACACGACAGCAAGAGUGAGAUAGUACAACGGCCUAACGGUGAAUCGAUUAAUAAAAAAAUAAUUGGUAAAAUCGAAAAUAUUGAGGAAAAUGACAAAGCGAACGGUAAAGAAAAACAAAAGCUAGAUGACGAAGGAAAUCACAAGGUAAAAGACCAAAAUGAAAACUUUAAAGUCAAGGAACAAUUAAAUGAAAAGACCGGUAACUCUCUAUUAAAUUACAUGAAAAGUUCCUUCCCUUUGAGUAAAAUAGAUGAGCCCCAUGUUUGCGUCAGCACGCUGUAUGUGUUCUGUAGCGAGGAGGAAGUGACGCAGAGAUACGCCAUACCUAAUGGUGAAACUACAACAAGAGAGGCUGCAGGUAGAGGCAGUAGAGUUGAUGAAACAGGUAGAGGCAGUAGAGUUGAUGACGGGUUCGAGCGAAUACGUCGCAGGCUGGACGCUGGUCAGACCAUCUCCGUCACCCUCCCCUACGUCCAGCCCUGGCUACAGGGUCACCUGUAUGAAGCGCCCAGAUGUCCCGUCAAAAAGUGUGUUUUUACCCUGGGCAACGCCACGGAAGACACGGACGUGUACAUGGUGACCGGUGUACUGCUAAAGGACACGACCUUGCCGGCACAGAGGUGGCCGGGUCAGCUGUAUGUCGUGUACGCAACGGAGUCGGCUGUUCACUACCGCAGUGAUAUUACACAGGAAAACUCGACCUGGAGACACGCCUUCAACCUGACGGUGACCCACAGGUCUGACGCAGAUCUCCACUACCCCUACGGCAGGCUGUUGUACAGCCCGCUCUCUGCUGACCAAAAGCCAGAUUACUACGAGUUGGCCAGGAAGAAGAAAAGGACCAUCGUCUGGAUGGUCAGUCACUGUAGCACACAGUCCAAGAGGGAAUUGUACGUCAGAGAGAUGCAGAAAUAUGUGAACAUAACGAUAAUCGGCCGGUGUGGUGGAUUAGACCCCAACUGCCCGCGUAAAGACACGGGUCCCUGCAUCCAUGACAUCUUCAAAGACUACCUGUUCUACCUGUCCUUCGAGAACUCCAUCUGCCACGAGUACAUGACAGAGAAGGUGUUCAAGGUGUACCUCCAAACGACCGCCAUCAUACCUGUGGUCAGGGGCGGGUCCGACUAUGCCAGACUUCUCCCAGCCAAUACGUUUAUCGACGCCGAUUGGUUUCAGACGCCGAAAGACUUGGCUCUGUUUUUGGCGGCGUUGGGCCGAGAUCUGAAGACGUACUCGCGGAUGUUGGAGCUAAAAUCUUCAUACAAGACACUGCCGAGGUUCCGCUUGUUUUGUGAGUUGUGUCGAUCUUUGGUCUACCAACUUGUGAGGCCGAAAGUUUACGACAUCAAAACGUGGUUGGAUGCAGCUUGUAGGGAGCCUAAAAACUUUACAGUUUCAACCGAAGAGGAGAAGUUUAGCUGACAACUCUCGCGAUUCACUUUUGACGAACUUCUUCUGUGUUCGUCAUUAUCGACAACAUCGUUCUUUACUUGUGAAUCCCCUUAAGAGCAGAGGGAUGCAACAUCACCACGUUCUUCGUACUCGGUAUUUUGUGGGUAUUCCUCGAAGUUGGUCGAGGUUCCUUGUGCUUCACUCAUAACUGAUUUUUAUUAUUGGUAGCUUCCUCCGACCACCUGAUUUUCUAAAAAAUGAAUAAGUCAUUCAUUAGCAAAUUUUAUUACUUGUUGACUGUUAAAAAGUCUAUCUUUGAAAGCGUAGACCUAGUCUAGAUGUCUGCUCACUUACUCUUGCUGACUACUUGUGGAUACGUUUCUUGUAUCAAAAGUAGGAGUUCCUGUUUGUUGUUUACCAUCAUCACAUAUUUUCUCUCUUUCUUUUGAUAUAUCUCUAACGUCUUUCAAAUUUCUUCUUGCGUGUCAAAUUUCUUAUAACGUCAUACAACAUCUUAAUGUUUCGUUGUCGUGCAGCUUCUUCUGCCUUUCCAUGAAUGAAGCGUUUGUUCUCUGUUCUUUCUAACAUUUGUCAUGCAUCUUUAAAUUGGCCUCCCUAUACCAACGUACGUGGAAUGCCUUCUUACGCUGAUCCUACGUUUUUACCAUAUGGUUGGCCCUCCUUCUGCCACAUCUUUACAUUACGAUUGUUUCCCCUCCCCCCUCCCCUACCACAGAAAUUCACGAGAACUGCCUUCUCAUGGUGGUCCUGACGUUUGGCUUUUUUAAAAUUAUGUUUUUGUUUCUAUUUUAGUCUAUUAGUGUCGACUACUCCUUGAGUAACUUGGGUUUUUUUAAAAGGUCUUUACGCUAAUUUACGCUAAUUUCCAAAUUUAUAGGAGCCAUGGCCAAUGAUUUCCCAAACAAGUAAUUUGUUUCACACAUAUGAGUGCUUUGAAUUGGUGUUUAAAUGCGCAAUUAAUGAAUUUUUUGUUUCUCUUUGCAUUUCAUGUACUGAAAGUUAACUAUGCGAGGUAGUCUGCUUGAUGUUUUUUUUUUCGUGUGGAAAAGUUCAGCUUGGUUUUAAAUGUUGCAAGAGGAGCUUGUGAUCUGGAGUUAUGUCUGCAAUCUGUGUUACAGCACAUUCAAGAACAAUCUCCACGCUCUAAGAAUUAAUAUGUUAUCAACUUGCUUUUCAGUUGUUUUUUCUUAUUAGUCGACGCCCAGUUUUUCAUUUGCCAUUUAAUUAAGAUGUUGUCGUCAAAUAAAAUCAGUCAA